UGCUUCGACAGCUCGAUUUCUCUUGCCGGUUCUGAACUUCUUCUGGUGCCUGGAUCAAUAAACUGAAAAGUCCGGUUCGAAGUAUUUCACUGCGCUUUUUCCUGCCAUCCUUUCGCGUCGUGUAUCGUCUUGCGAUUUACUUUGGGUGGAAUCCGAUUCUCAUGCUCAGUUGAUUGCGAAUUGCUCCCCGAAUCCCAGUCGUGGUCACUGCCGACUUGCCAAGAACACGUGGAAGUGUGAUCAGAGGCCACCUCAAUUCCAAUCGAACAAAGCCAAUUCCAGGCUCAACGUACUAAAGAUUAGGGUCAAUGAGAAAUACGACCCGCUGCGGGUACUGCGGCUACGCGCUGAACCUGAGCUCCUCGGCGCGGAACACGGCGAGCAUCGGGUCCAAGUACCGCAAGCAGAUCAAGAAGGGCGUCGUCUCAUUCCUCGCGGUCGACGAGAGCCGGUUCACGCUCACCGACGAGGUGAGCUGCAUGCCCUACUUCCAUUCCAGGCGCUCCUGGGGCCUCUUCAGGAAGCGGUCGCGGCUGCUCUGCCGGAAGUGCGGCGGCCGCAUCGGCAACGCCUACGAAGAGGAGGACAGGGAUUCCAGCCUGUGCGACGGCGACGGCUCCUCGGACGGCAUGCGCGCGAGCUCGGGUUCGGGCGGCAGCUGCAGCAACGCGUGGAGCCAGAAGAACUACGUGAUCAAGAUCAGCGCGCUGCAGCCGUCGUCAGAUGAUUCCGCUGUUGUGCCCUUCACACUAUGAUGAUGAUGUCGAGUUGCUGCAGUGUGUUCUUGCAGACUGGUUCAACUUGGUGCAAUAUGGAAUGUGAAUUUUGAGUGCUGGACAAAUUACAGAAUGGGAAGAGAUUGGCUUAGCUGAGAAAUUUUCAGACCAUCCGCAUGCUGCUUGUGUCAUCUUGCUAUAUGCAGUGCUCUUCCUUGCUCUGUAGAUUGGUGAAGUGUACAUUGGUAUGGUUAUAGAAUUUUGCUUACUAUUAGAAAAUGAUUAAGUUUUGUGUAUGUCAGUUGGUCCAUAGCGUUUGUAUUAUGCCAUAGCAGUCAUAACGGUUGCAAUUUUUAGUAGUCUUGCUUCACUUGAAUGUAUCAACUGCUUAAAUUUAGUUUUUUUUAAAAUUUCUUUUCCUUUCUGAAGAAAGCAUGAAUAGGUACGGUGAUAUAAGUAACAGAGUAUUUCAAUUUCACUGUAGGCAUCCAAAUGAUAGAAUCAGAUUUGUUGCCCAGAAACAAACAUGUAAAUUUAUUUAUUUAUAGAGACACUUUAUUAUGCAGCA